ACAGUGCAGCUUAUUAAUUAAAGGUAAUGGAAGCGAUUAAUGUAACGAUAUUAUUAUGAUAUAAAAAACCCGAAAAUUCUUAAGCAAAUCAGCAGUGCAAAAAUAAUUGGUCCACGUGGCGUUUUUGUAGCUGCCUCAGAGAUGUUGAAAUAGUAUUGCCCGGAACCACCUCCCUGCGGCGAACUAUUCGGAGGAGACGGAGGAGGCGUGGUGGGAAGCUGCGGCGGCGGAAGAUAAGCCGCCGGAGGUGAAAUGAGAGGCGGGGGCUUCGCCGUAGAGUGUGGCGGCGGAUAAAUAUUCGGUUGGGACGGAGGCGAAAUCACUGAAAUGAGAGGAGGAGGCGGCGUCGACGGCGGUGUGAGGGGGAGGUUCGGAGCUAAAGGCGGGAUGUUUUGGGCGUUAGGGGACGGCGGCUUUAUCGGGGUGAUGUACACUCCGUUCGGCCCCGGCGGUGCCGCGUAAUAAUGCGGAGAUUUCGGCGGGGAAUGCGAGUGCGGCGGCGGCGGCAGCUCGGAGGCUCCGCCUGGGGGCGGCGGGGAAUAAUGCAAGUGCGGCGGCGGUGGCUGAAGCGGUGGCGGGUCGGAGGCUCCUCCCGGGGGAGGGGUGCCGCACACUCUAGGGCAAGUUUCACAUGCACUUAUGCAAAACAAGUAGGGUUGUGUUUGGUAUUGAGGCUUGGCUCCGUGGAACAUUAUUAUGGACAAUAAAAUGAAAAUGUACAUUGGAUUUAUUAGAUUUCCCAUAUUAUUAAUUAUAUGGUUUUGGGCACACAAAGCGGGCUAGACCCAAUACAAUAAAUAGAGCCCAAUACAACAACAUAGCAUACCGUCAGGCCGAAGACGACCCCCGUUUACUAAUCCACAUCCUGGGACCCAAUCAAGGCGUCUUGCAUCU